UUUGCGCUGCGAAUUUUGUGGAGUUACUGACCAGCCUUCGGGCACAGUUGGACCAAUUCCAAUUCUCGGCGUCGGUGGAAGAGAGAGAGAGAAGAGAGCAGAGAAAAAAACGGUUUAAUGUUUAUUGCUUGCGGCCGCUGCUGAUCCAUUUCCUCAAAUUUCUCGCUAACCUUAUUUAUUUUCCCUUCCACCACCAAAUAUGAAUGAAUGAGAACCCAGCCACCAUCUUUGCUCUCCCUCGCCAUUGACGCUUCUGUCCUCCACCUCUCUCACUUCCCCGAUCUCUCCCCUCUCCCUGAUCACAUUCUGCUCGAUCUCUUCCUGAAAACCUUGAGAGCUGGGAAGCUGAAUGAGAAAAUUCUGAAGCUUUUCUUGGCAACAGGCAAAGAAGAAGUCCUAUCUCUUAUUCAGACACUUAAUAUAAAACACAUCCUGAAUCCCGUCCUUCCCACCAGAUGCUCAGAGAAAUUCUGA